AUGAACGAUGAUGAUCCGGGCCCGAGCUCCGCCGCCCGGGAGCUUCCGUCACGGCCCGAUGGCGAGUACGACGCCGAGGAGCACGGCGUGCCUGGGCGCACCGAGGACGGGCGCGGCGAUGGCCGGUUUGGCGAGGAGGAAUUAGCGACGCGGCGUCAGGAGAAGCGUCGGGAGGGGUUGGCAAAGAAGCUCGAACUGGUCAGCCACCUGCAAAAGAACCUGGAUAUGAUCGUCUUCGUUUACAUCUGUACCUUGUAUUAUAUGGAAUGCUCCCUCGUCCGCUUCCUCCUUCGCCUUGCCCCGCACUACUCGUUCCUCACGCCCAAAGACGGGCUCCUCCUCCCCGCCGAACACCCACACAUCUACACCAUCUUCAUCCCGAGCAUGCUCUGCAUCCUCGCGCACCUCUUCUUCAGCCUGCCCGAGGCCGGCGAAGCGACACGCGGCUACCUGCACGGCGGCGUCAUCAUCGACUUCAUCGGCCAGAAGCCGCCGACCUCGAGGCUCGCCUUCCUGUGCUUUGACUUAGUCAUCCUAGGCGCGCAGUGUCUGAUGCUGGCCGUGCACCAGGAGCGCGAGGCGCUCAAGAAGGCCGUCUCGCCAUCCAUGCGUACCAUCAGCGUGAACGAGGCGCAAUCCGCGCAGCCGGCGGCGCAAACGACGCAGAGCCUUGACGCGGAGGAGCGCGGGGAGCUGAGGGACGAGACAUAUCUGGGGGAGGGCACGGGGACGGAAAUGCAGCCGCUCUCCGGGAGCGGGCAGGCUCGAGGGGCCGGGAGCGCCUCGGCAGGGGCGGCGGACGAUGAGCAGGCGGGGGACACAUACUCGUCGGCGGCGGCGGGUGCAGAUAUGCUGGAUAUUAUCAGCUCGGGCAAUGCCGUGUUGGGGAACUUUCAUGUCAUUCACGCUGUUCAGGCGGUGGGCAACGGCUCGCAGGGUGCGGCCGCCUACUCGCUGCGGACGUUGGGAUAUAAUGCCACGCUUGCCGCUCUUGCUGCAGAACGAAGGAGUAGACUUAUUGCCAGGGGGCAGAGGUAG